AGCGUGAAUAAAGGUCACUUAUUAAACUAAACUAAACCUUUAAAUAUGUGAGACUACACUAUUAAUAUGGUUAUUUGUUUGUUCAAUUUGCACAAGUUUCAAGACAUUCACUAUACACAUAGAAACUUAAAUCAAUCAUACGAUUGUUGUUGUUCACAACUGUUAUUUCUAGUUUGUAUGCUAGUCAUACCAGUUUGAUAAUAUGGUCAUUUACUGUAUAUGAUUAUUAAUUUGUAACAUAAGCAAGUUCCGCUUUUCUGUUUGAAACCUGGUGUUAUGUCUUCAGUUCAUCGAUAAAAUUAGAAUUAAUGGUGUGACUGCACUGAUGAUUUUCCCACCUAGAAGAUCCUAAAGAAAACAGAUUCAAAAAGGUUUAGUUACUGUCCAACUGUCUUCUUAUUGUAUAUUGUUGAGUAAACAAAACGAGCAUGUAUAUGCAAAAUAUUCAGCUAUAACCGUAUGGUUUAGCUAACUAUCGGUUAAACGUUCAAAAUAGAAUAAAUAAAAUUCACAAUCCAACUAAUAAUCGUCCAUACCUACACAUCCAUGUGAACUGAAACGUACUAUGAAUUGUGAGCUUAUCUUACUUGCAUACGUUUUUUUUAACUGAGUAUCGGAAUAGAAACUUUAGGCUUCGUUAUCCAUUAUUGUCCAAAAGCGAUUGCCGCUUGAAAAUAUUUGGCCAAAAAGUCACUUAUGGGUGCACGGAUGCUCGUUUCUCUGUAUGAUCACAUUCGAUUCCGAGAAUAUAAUUUUCGCUAAUAAGUUCAAUUUCAUGAUUCAUCACUUAUAGUAUACAUAUUUCUUGUUAUAUCCCAAUCCAACCUUUGCAUCGAUACCCAUAAUCUUCACUUAGUUUCAUAGUUUCACACCAAUAAGUUGUUUUGUACUCAUCUGACAUCAUUAAGUAGAAGAAAACAGUUCUUUACCAGCUCUUUGCUUAUCCCCAGAAGAAUAUAGCUUGUUUUUAUCAAACUAACAAAAUGGAAAUUGGUUUUUAAAUUAUUUAUUUACAUACUUUAUUAUUAUAAUGUAGAUCGUCAGCAAUGGCAAAAAAUCAACAGUCCAGUAAUAUCGUAUCAAUGGAUAUAGAAGAAAACUCAAAUGAUAACGAUGUUUUUCUAGAGAAAUGUAUUUCAUUUGCUGAAAUCACCUCCACUGACCGAGCACUUGGAAUGAUGUAUCUUCAAAAUUAUAACUGGGAUCUAGAGCUUGCCGUGAAUAAAUACUUCUUAACACAACAGAAUAGUUCCACAAGUAAGAAACAAAAGCGCAAACGAACUUAUCAACAAUCAAAUGAACAACCGACUGUGAUCGAUCUUACUAUUUCUGAUGAUUCGUGUAAUAGUAGUUUGACAGAACUAUCAGUAUCAACAACUAGAACUGAAUCAAUUGAAAAUUUGCCAAUAUUCAAUGUUUUGUCGUGGAAUAUUCAAGGUUUGGAGUCAACAAACCUAAACAAACGAAUGAUGUCUGUAGUGGAGACAAUAAAGAAAGAAGAAUUCCAUGUAGUUUGCUUACAAGAAGUUAUACUUGUCUGUUUGGAAAUUCUCCAUGAGAAGCUAGAUUCAACGUAUGAUAUUUUUUCUGCAUCUGAUCAUAACUCUCUAUGGGAUUAUUUUGUUGUCAUUUUAGUUAAAAAGCAUCCAGAUAUAAAGGUUGACGCGGAUUCUGUUAGUAUUCAACCAUUUCCUAAUUCUGUAAUGAAUCGUCAUCUACUAUCUAUUGAUCUGAAUUUAUCACAGUUUCUAUCCAAGUCUAAUGUAGAAUUAAAUCUACGAAUAUUUACUACACACUUGGAAAGUUGUGCAGAAUAUUCUGGUGAACGGGUGACUCAAUUGAAAAGUGUUUGGGAUACAAUGUCCAGUUAUGUCAAGUGUGGCGAUUCUCAAGCUCAUUUAAACAAAAGCCGUGCAAGUAUAUUUUGCGGUGACCUUAAUCUGAGGGAUUCAGAGGUCGGCGUGUUAGGUGGCUUACCUUGUGGGAUACAUGAUGUAUGGUAUGAUUGUGGACGUCGCCAUGAGAUAAGGAAUACUUGGGACCCUAUGCACAACCUAAAUGCUCGACGUCAAUUCAGAGGUAUUCCUCGAGCUCAUAUGACUUUCCGAUAUGAUCGCAUGUAUGCGUUAGGCUCCAGAUUAAAACCCGUUGAUUUUGGCCUUCGUGGAAUCGAAAAGGUUAAAAAUCUUCCGUGUUUACCUUCUGAUCACUGGGCUAUACUUGGUCGAUUCUUAUUAACUGGUUUGUAA